UCUUAUUAUACAUUUAGCCAAAAUACCAUAUCCACAAAUGUCAAUAUACUCGUCAAAAAACACAAUGAGGUCAAGCAAUAUAUUAAAACUAUUAGACAUCCCAUUAAUAUGAAAGUCACUUAGACUUUGGAUUUAUGUGCUCUCUUCAAUUUAAUCGUGUAGUAGGAUAUUCUGAAGUGUUGUCCUUAUGAUUGAAGCACCCUGGAAGAAGAAGAAGAAGAAGAAGAAGAUUUCAAAAUAUUCCCGUUUGUAUGAUUCUUAAGAAUAAAAAGAUUCAAGUUCUUUAUUAAUAAUUCCGUUAGGAUAAUAAAGUAAUUAGUCUGUGAUUGAGAGCGACCAUCAUUAUACUACUGACAUGAUGACGAUAUUGUGAUACUACAGCACGUCCAGUAGGUGGCGGCGGCGCACCUGUACACCUUCAAUUUAAAACCGUAGAAGAAGACCACCGGGUAUAGCCAGUGCUGUAAUCGUCAAGUUAUCGAUCACCAUGUCGGCUUGAAGGGAAAACAAAAAACCCUGGAGAGGCGCCUUUCCGAAACGGAGUCCUUAAAAUGGCAGGCGAGGAGGAGAGGGGGGUGGUCCGGGUCAAAGUCAAGAAAUGUGAUGGGGUGUUUCCUGUGGAGUUUCGCUCCUUUGCCGUUGAUCCUCAGAUAACAUCACUGGAAGUCCUGCAGCACAUCCUCAUCAGAGCCUUUGAUUUGACCGGGAAGCGAAACUUCAACAUCAGUUACCUUUCUCGCGAUCGCAGUGGAGCUGAGUUGUAUCUGUCUCUGCUGUCCGACUGGGAUUUGGAUGUCGCGUUUGUCAGUGCAGCCAAACCCUAUCUGCAGCUCAAGAUGGACAUUAAACCUUCAGAACAAAGCCCUGUUAUGGAGGACUGGGACAUCAUAAGCCCCAAAGACGUGAUUGGCUCUGAACAGCUUGUUGCAGAGAGGACCAGGUCUUUGGCAUCUGCAGCGCUUCCCUUCACCCAGUCUUUGCUGACCCAGGUGGGUCGGACCCUGUCCAAAGUCCAGCAGGCCUUGAGCUGGUCCUACGGGGAGGAGAUUAGACCUUUCAAGCCCCCACUGAGUGACGCUGAGUUUCACACUUACCUCAAUGCACAGGGGCAGCUGACCCGGCCUGAAGAGCUCAGACUGCGAAUCUACCACGGUGGCGUGGAGCCGUCGCUGCGCAAGGUGGUUUGGCGAUACCUCCUGAACGUCUACCCGGACGGACUCAGUGGACAGGAAAGGAUGGACUACAUGAAGAGGAAGGCGAGGGAGUACGACCAGCUGAAGGGAGAGUGGACGGUGCGGGUCAGCCACGAGGACCUUGAGUUUAUCCGCGGGAACGUCCUCAAAGACGUCCUCAGGACGGACCGGGCACAUCCGUACUACGCCGGCUCAGAAGACAGUCCGCAUUUGACGGCACUCACGGACCUACUCACCACAUUCGCCAUCACACAUCCACAGAUAUCAUACUGUCAAGGUAUGAGCGACAUCGCCUCCCCUAUACUUGCGGUGAUGGACAACGAGCCUCACGCCUUCAUUUGCUUCUGUGGCAUCAUGAAACGCUUGGAGGGAAACUUCCGGCCCGACGGGCUGAUCAUGUCUAUCAAGUUCCAGCAUCUAAAGCUGCUUCUGCAGUACUCAGACCCUGAGUUUUACUCUUACCUGGUGUCCCGAGGUGCAGACGACCUCUUCUUCUGUUACCGCUGGCUGCUCCUAGAGCUCAAGCGCGAGUUUGCGUUUGAAGACGCUCUGAGGAUGCUGGAGGUCACCUGGAGCUCCCUGCCGCCGGAUCCUCCGGAAACCGAGGUGGAGCUUCUGGGGCCGCCGCUGGAGGCGGACAAAACGCUGUCCUGUCAAGAAAAGGAAACGCCUGUCGACAUCUGCCUCGGAGGGGACAAGGUCCAAAAGGAGAAGCAGCGUAGGCGACACAUGCUGAGGCCCUCCAGAGAAGAACCAGACGUGAACUGUCACCCUGUCGUAGAAGAAAAAACUAAACCGAACGCAGGCUCCGAAACGGGAAGUGAAGGUGGUGAAUGUGAUGUUCCUCGAGUGGAAAAGGCAGAUUUGCAGAGUUGUCCCGUCGAGAGGCAAAACAGCUUCGGAGAGUUUAAAUACUACACGGCGCGGAAGGAGGACGGCUUAGACGCGGAGGACGCCGAACGGACGCCGGGUUCGGCGGCUUCAGAGCCGGUGGCCGUUCCAACUCGCCAGUCCACGGUGGACAGCGAGGACGACCCCGGAGAGAAAACGCCUCUCAUUAAAAACUGCGACAACGGUUUCUCCUCGAUAUCGUCGCCGCCUCGCGACCUGCCGAUCUGGAAAAGCGGCUCCUCCGUGUCUCCUCCCACGUGUCCAACUUCGCCGUCCAGCUGGCCGGGUGCCUCUCCAGAAUCGCCUUCAAAAUCUCCAUCCGCCGCCAACGGAAGCAGCACCCUACCGAGAACUGUCCCCAAAGUGUUGGCCGCUUCUGCCCAGGUCCUCAGCAGCCCGGGGAUCAACUCCCCCAUAAACCCCCCGGUCAAAGCAUCCGUCGCCUCACCUUCUCACACUCAGAAUAGAUCCCUGCUCUCCUCGCCCAUUUUGUCCUUCGGACGAGGCUCCUCCAACAACAGUCUCCUUUCGUCGGGCAACAAAUCCCCGAGCUCCGCGGCCAACACCCCCGGUUCCGUGAAAGCAGACACCACCAGCAUCAAACCGUGCUCCUUGCCGCCACCCCAGGAGUUCGGCAAAGGCAACCCCUUCAUGCUCUUCCUCUGCCUGUCCAUCCUCCUGGAGCACAGGGAUCACAUCAUCAAGAACAGGCUGGAUUACAACGAGCUCGCCAUGCACUUUGAUCGCCUGGUGCGACGCCACAACUUGAGCCGGGUGCUGCAGCGCGCCAAGGCCCUGUUCGCGGACUACUUGCAGAGCGAAGUGUGGGACUCGGAAGAAGGGGACGAGGUCAGCUCGGACUCCCCGACGACGGCCACGGCCGCCCAGCCCUCCCCUUCUUCCACCAUCUCCACCCGGCCCAUUUACAGCCCUUUAGAAUCGCCCCAGUCGCCAACUCUGAACUCGACCUAUAAUCUCGCCAACACCAUCCCCUCCCCGACAGCCGAGUUGUCCCUCUCGCCCACGUCCUGAUCGUGUCACGCAUCGCGACCCUUCCCGUCCUCUGUGGGUUUCUCACGGGGGAGUUGGUGGUGGCCUGUUCGUGGUAUAGAUCUUUUUUUUUUUUUUUUUAAAUUAAGGGUGAGUAUACCUAUGAACUUGGCUGUAAUCUUCUCAAUCAGUGUAUGCUUGAACACAUAUAUCCCCUAUGUCUAUAAUGAUAAUGCUUUAUUUUAUUUUUUUUUUCUCUCAUCUGCCCUUGUGGUAGCGAUUAAAGAGUUUAAUUUCUGAGGUUUCUGCUGUGUGAAACAAUUACACCUUUUGAUACUGAAACCCACAAAGGUUUAUCCACCUAGUGCAUUUUGCCUAUGUUGUCCUUUUAUUAUUAUUAUUAUUAUUGUUAUUAUUAUUAUCUUUGUUUACAGUGUUCAGUCCAAAAGCCACAGAAGUGUCUUAAUUAAUGCUCGGGAGUUACACCGACCAAAAACUGGAGAAAAAAAAAUCCUGUUUGGGUUCUUGAAAAUUUAGAUUAUAAAUCAUUUUCAGACGACUUUUACAAAAACCUUAGUUCUAAGGUUUCUUUCAUUCAGUCCCUUGCAUCCAAAGUGCUUUGUUUCUAGACUUGAUGGAAUGAUAUUGUACCCACAGAGUGGUCUGAACCAUAGACUGUAGAAAAAGAUGGAUGCCACACCUCUACUUACACCCACUGGAGUUAUUGAUGACCCGACCACACUGAUAAACCCUUUACAACCAGAGUCUCAAAAUACCUUUUUUGACCUAUUUUGACUAUUUAAAGUUCAGGAAAUAUCCUGUGACUAAGUACUGUUACACAUAUCUGACGGUUAUUUGCAAUUUACUCCGUGUUACAAGAGUGUAAUAACCGUCCAGGACAAGUGGCACAAUUGAAAAUUAAAGUGAAGACGCCAUAAUGGCUGUAAAUGUCUCAGCUUUUCAGAAGCUGUUUGAUCUUUACCUGUAAAGCAAAACGGUAAUUCAAAGUGCGGUUUUAAAGGACACUACGUUGUGCUCUACAUCCACCAGUUACAAAGAAAUGUUGGAUUAUACUCUUUAUUUAUUUAUUUAUUCACUGUGUAGUUCUGUUUCUAUUGCAUCUACAGCAACAAAAAUGGAACGAAACUUCAGAAAAAAGGACGCUUGAACAUGAACCAGCAUUUUAUAUAUAUAUAUAUAUAUGUAUUACGCAAAAUGACAGAAACCAUCCUUGGAAGAAAAAAAAUAAUAAUUAUACACGUGUUUUAGUUUGGGCUAAGUCCCACCCACUAUCACAGAGGAGGUGGAGCUUAUGGCCUAUUCUGAAGCCAGCCACCAGGGGGAGCUCUACUUGCUUUUGACCUGUCGUGGCGUCCAUUUUUUUAUACAGUCUAUGGUCCGAAACAAAAUGAAUUUUAUAGCUCCAAGAUUGAUCAAAAUGAAAAUCUAAAUUCUUAAACACGACACAAAAGAAGGAAGGUGGACAUAAGUGAUACAAUACAUGCGAGAUCGAUAGCGGAUAAAGAGGAUACAGAGAGCCCGCGUUCAAAAUUAUCCCAACUCUUAUGGACUUUCAGUAAUAUUGUGUGCGCUUUAUGCUGAUGAGCCAAAUCGAAGCCUUUCUUUAGUUUGUCGUAUACUUGCUGUCAGCAAAACUAUCUGGUAACCGAUGGCAACACGAUGUUUACCACCACCGGAGACAAUUAAAGUAACCUACGGCAUCUGGGAGGGUGGUGGAGAAACAGGAAAUGAUGCAGGAUUUUAAAAAAGGGGGGAUUACAAGGAAGCUAUUGACCACUGUUACCGUGGGUGAGGAGACGGGGGCGGAGGGACUUAAACGCACUUUUUAUGUACUAAUUCACAUUUUGCACUGUAGCUUUAUGAUACAUUUACUCAUGCAACAUCUAAGAUUUUUUGGGUUAGUGCUUGGAAUUUGUGUCCAUUGUUUCACAAGAGGGUUUAACCUCUGCUCAAUAAUUAUUUCUUUUUUUUUUUUUUUUUUUAAUAUAUGACUAUAUAGAGUAUGUACUGUAUAUAAUUUUGAAUGCGGUAUAAAUGGUAAUAACUGUUUAGGUUUGACACUUGAAGAACAAACCACCCCCCAAACACUGCUACAUAUUGGUUUCAUAUAUGGUUAAAAAUGGGAGACUAGGAUCAUUUUUGCAUUGUACAAAUAUCAUUUUGUCGAUCCUCCGUGUGCUGGACUCAUGUGAAGUGAGUAUCGUACUUUAUCUAAUGCUCGGGAUGAUUAUUAUUCAAACAUGUUUCUCAGAAAUCACCUGCUGCUUACAUAUGUUUUUUUUUUGUUGUUUUUUCUUUUUGUAUUCUGAUUAAUUCUGAUUAAUUUAAUAUACAACUACAGGAAGGAUAUAUUUGCUUUAUGUGUAGAUACUGAUGCUGGAAAGUAGUAACAGGGUUGUGCAGUGGGUGGUUGCAUAACCGGUUCCUUUAUUUCCGCUGCUGGACUUUAUGGAAUAUAAUGUGAUGCCACCUGACAGGACGGCUAGAAAAGUAUUUGCCGGUUUUCAAGCUUUUUUUAUUUUAUUAUUUUUAUUUUUUUUGGCAGAGAAGUGCCUCUUGUUUUAAUCCGUGGCCUUGAUUUGUGACUUAAUUUGUGCUCUUAACAUCUGUCUGCAUUGUGACAUCAUACAGGCAGAGUGCUAUUUAAGUUAUAUAAUGAUCAUGUUUAUAAUUGUGUAAUUAAAAUGACAUAAAGUGGGA